AUGGGCAGCCCCUGGAACCACAGUGAGGGGUCGCUUGGCCCUGCAGAGCCACCCUGGGCCCCCCAGCUGCCUUGCGAUGAACGCCGCUGCUCGUCCUUCCCCCUGGGGGUGUUGGCACCCGUCACCGCAGUCUGCCUGGGCCUGUUCGCCGUCGGGGUGAGCGGCAACGUGGUAACGGUGCUGCUGAUCUGGUGCUACCGGGACAUGCGGACCACCACCAACCUGUACCUGGGCAGCAUGGCCGUGUCGGACCUGCUCAUCCUGCUCGGGCUUCCCUUCGACCUGUACCGCCUGUGGCGCUCGCGGCCCUGGGUGUUCGGGCUGCUGUUGUGCCGCCUGUCACUUUACCUGGGCGAGGGCUGCACCUAUGCCACGCUGCUGCACAUGACGGCGCUGUGCGUGGAGCGUUACCUCGCCAUCUGCCGCCCGCUGCAUGCCCGCGUCUUGGUCACCCGGCGCCGUGUGCGGGUACUGCUGGCAGCGCUCUGGGCCGUGGCUCUGCUCUCCGCACUGCCCUUCUUCUUCCUGGUGGACGUUGAGCAGGACCUGGGCUUGCCCGAGGCCCUGGACCUCAACAGCUCCCUGAGUUUCUCCCCACCGCCACCCGGAGCCAAGCCCUCCCCGCCGUCGGGGCGCCAGGCGGCCGUGCUGUUCAGCCGCGAGUGCCGGCCCAGCCGGGCGCAGCUGGGCGCGCUGCGGGUCAUGCUGUGGGUCACCACUGCCUAUUUCUUCCUGCCCUUCCUGUGCCUCAGCGUCCUGUAUGGGCUUAUAGGGAGGCAGCUGUGGAGGAGCAGGGGACCCCUGCAAGGCCCCGCGGCCCCAGGACGGGAGAAGGGCCACCGACAGACCAUCCGCGUCUUGUUGGUAGUGGUUCUGACAUUUAUAGUUUGCUGGUUGCCUUUCCAUGUCGGCAGAAUCAUUUAUAUCAAUACAGAAGACUGGGGGACGAUGUACUUCUCUCAGUAUUUUAACAUCGUGGCUUUGCAACUUUUCUACCUGAGUGCCUCCAUCAACCCGAUUCUCUACAAUCUUAUUUCAAAGAAGUACAGAGCAGCAGCCUGGAGACUGUUGCUUUCUCGAGGGUCCAGACAGGGAGGUGUCUGCAGAAGCCGGACCUCAGAAGGGGGCCCGGGAGGAGGCACUGCCAGCUCCACGAUCAGCACUAAUUUGAAGACAGCUGCCACCAGCACAGCCAGACUUAAUAUGAUACUAACACAAGGAAUCCAGGAUGAUAAGAGUUUUGAUCCAAGAAUUUAUAUAGGGUUGGCAAGACAACACCCAGGAACUGGAGGGGAACAAGUUUCAACUCCAGCCUUUAAGAUCUCUCCCCAUGCCUACGCUGCAAAGCUUUCUAUUCCUUACUUGAAUUCUCUGGUGAGUUUGCCUUCAAAAUCACCUGGAGGUUGGCUCCACCCUAAAGUUCCUGAUGAGGCAAUUUCUUUAGGAAUUCCUAACUCAGAAACUCAAACCCAGUCAGAGGGCACCACACUAAUGGGGUCCCAGAAGGGGGUUGGAUAUAGACUGUGGUACCAGUGUAGCCAGGAACUAAACAGUUCCAAAAACUGUUUAGAAAGUCUUAAUUUCUGGAUCCAGAGCUAUGUUUAUGGACACAUCCUUGCCUGA